AUGGCGCCCACGGGCGUCACCGCGUCGGUGCCGGCAAGCCGGCCCGGAUUUCUCCCAUCCGCCAAACACCCAGAACCCCGAACGGUCCGACGCGCACCACCAGACAAGCCACCCACGAAUGUGCGCCACCACGGACUUGCCAUCAUCACCGCCGCCUCACCGUGGUCAUCGAAGCAAGACCGACGAGGACGAGAGGGAGCAACCGGGAACGAGGAACGGCAGCAAGGGCAGCCACACCGGAGGAGACAACCUCCACCGCCAUCGGCGGUCACCGACCGGACGCGGCAAGGGGAGCGUACCAGGCCCUCGAGGCCCGGCCGAGCCCAAAAGGGGCUCGUGAAGCACCCGUCGCCGAGCUGCAGUAGACGUGCCGCCGUCUCCACCACCCCCCGUACGAGCCGCACCACCACCGCCCCCGCCGGAGCCGCCGCAGGCGAGACCGAGUCAGGCCCGCCCAGACCCAGAUGGGGCCCAAAAGGGCCCAGAUCUGGGCCGGGAGGGCGCCGCCACCAUCCACCGCGCCAGCGCGCGUGCCAAGGGGCUGCGCCGCCGCCUCUAGGCCACCCGGAGCUGCGCCGCCAGGAGCAGCCGCCGCCUCUAGGCCACCCGGAGCUGCGCCGCCAGGAGCAGCCGCCGCUGCCGGAAUCACCGUUGACCGAGGAGCACCGCCGCGGGACGCCACCACCCUAG